AUGCCAAUGCCCGUCUUCAUCCCGUCCGGCUCCUCGCUUCCUGUGUUGGCGUGUCUGGCUCUGGAUACCAAGAAGGAGGAAUACUUCAGAAGUUCCUCGCCAAGCAACCCAAAGCAUCCACCGCUGAUGAUGAGAUUUGCCUCCCUUCUGAUGGAUUCCCUUUCGGCCGUUCUCUCCGUGUCUCUCGGCUCUGCUCCUGGCGCUGUCGUCUGGUCUUGGAGCCUGAAGGCUGCUGCGCCAGUGCGCCCAUCCCGUCGCGGCGUCGCCUUGACUCAAUGCUCUCGCUAUUCUCAUGGAGCGCCUUUCAAGCGUCAAGCCUUUGCCGCCGCGAGCCUCUGCUAG